UGAGGAUCACAGCUUGUUGCUUCGCUAUAGUCUUGACCUCCUGGACCGCGCGAGAAUGAUCACUGCGCUGUAGCAGAAGACCCGACACUCUCAAUACGAUUGCACCGGACAGAAGUUGGAGUUCUCCGGAGACUGGUUGGGUGACUGGGCGAUUAUAAAUUGUGCAUAAGAGCCGGUGAUCUCAUAAGAUCGAGCCACUUCAAACAAACCUCAAGACCAAACCUGAUGAACUCAACCUCCGUACGGACUCUUUGACUACCACUGAGGCGGCACUUUUCUUUACAGAGUAAAUCGUCAUGGCACCCAAGGUCUUUCUCACCGGAACGACAGGCUACAUCGGCGGAGACUUCCUCUAUCUAGUCUCUGAGAAACACCCUGAAUGGGAACUCACUUGCCUCGUGCGGAACAGUGACAAAGGCGCCAAGAUUGCCAAAUCCUAUUCCAAAGUCCGACUUGUGUACGGAGACCUCGAUGCUGUUGAGCUGAUCGAAGAAGAAGCUGCCAACACCGACAUCGUCUACCACUUCGCAAAUUGCGACCAUGUGCCCUCUGCAGAGGCUAUUGCCAAAGGACUUGCGCGGCGCCAACGGGAUGGACCUGGCUACUGGAUUCAUACCUCUGGAUCUUUGAUUUUGGGGUAUGAGACGAUGGUCAAAAGCGCAUUCGGCGAGCGCCUUGACAAGGUCUUCGAUGAUUGGGACAAUGUCAAGGAGUUGACAUCUCAUCCCGACCCAGCACCACACAGAGACGUAGACAAGGUCGUAUUGGCCGCCGGCUCCGACAAGGUCAAGACCGCCAUUGUUUGCCCUCCGACGAUUAUAGGUGCUGGCCGUGGCCCUGAUAACAGACGCUCCGUACAACUUUACCGAUCCACCGAAGCGUUCCUGAAGAACAAGCAAGGAUUCAAAGUCGGCAAAGGUGAGAAUAUCUGGCACUAUGUCAAUGUGCAAGAUCUCUCCGAGCUGUUCCUGUUACUGGGCGAAGCCGCUGUCAAUGGCGGGCCACCAGCCACAUGGAACGAGGAGGGAUACUACUUGGCCGAGGACGGCUCAUUCGUCUGGGGGGAGGUUUUGCAGACAGUCGCCAAUAUUGCGCACAAGGAAGGCCUUCUACCCAGCGCCACUCUGAAAAGCUAUACUGCCCAAGAAGCCGACGAAAUCAUGCCCUUCACAGCUUACUCCAUCGGCACGAACUCUCGGGGGGUGUCCAUACGAGGGAAGAAACUCCUUGGCUGGAAACCCAAGAUGGGCAGUAUUCUGGACGAGCUACCAAUCGCAGUCGAUAGCGAGGCUCAUCUUCUUGGACUCAAGAAGAGUCAUGCUGAGAAGGUUCAAGAAUAGGCUGGGCAGGGCGAGUAGGGCAAGUCGAGCAUGAGCAAGGAAGAAGACGUCGACAACCGAGCGCGCAUGCACCGGGCUAUGAAGUUGCAGUUUAAUUCCAUCGGAGGUGGACGAUCCUGGAGCUGACGGAAGCGAGAAUGAGAAACACUCAGAUGAAUUCAUGAAAUGCAAACAGAAGUAUCGGUACCAUUCUUCAUUGAGAAAUUGUUUCAGAUAAGUUCUCACAUGGGUGACAAAAAGGAGAGAGACCAGACGAGCUGUAACUUUUCUGCUCAAUUACAUGAAGAUUACAGUGCUUCAUGCGAGAUGUCGUCAAGUUACUGACAGAAGAAGUGCCAGUUGACAUUGAGGUAGACGUUGAUAUAUUAUCGCAAGCCUGGUUCUUACAUUCG